ACGAUUUAUUUCAUCGAUUUUUUUCAUAAAUGUGAAGUUGGGCUUUUUUUAUUGGGUGCAUGUAGUAGUAAAAGUAAACUAGCAUCUAGCAUGUAACAUGAAUAUUAUCAUUUUUGUGACAUUAAGUAGUUAAAGCUUCUCCAAGAUUUUUAAGAAAAGCUCAUUAGUCAAAUGAAGUUAAAUUGGGAAAUGCGGAAUGCAAAUCAUUAAAUGUAAAUCGAACGUGAAUUUUUAUCAGUAGAAAUACGAAGCGUCUACAAUUGAUAAAUUGUCAUUACCACAAAGAGGCAUCAACCAUGUGGAUUUUUUGUGCAUUAAUAGGACUCUUUCAACUUGUAAGUCUAUUAAUGUUGUCUGGUAUUCUAUUUUCUGUCGCUGCCGUUUCACGUUUGAUGGAAAUAACGAUUAUUCUGAUAUAUCCUACAGCUGUAUUUUUGUUGAGGCAGUCCGCAAAUUUAAUCGUUCUUUUAACAAUCCUGUCGGCAAGAAUGACAUCCUCGGCGUUUCAGAAACUGUGCGCACUAGUUAAAUGUGAUCAGUAUCCGAUUGAUCAAUCGGAAGGGAUUCCUCAGCGAGAAAGAAUCACUCUAUCGCCGGAGAUGGCUCAGCUUCUCGAUUCGGAAACUCCUUUCGUGCCAUACAAAAGUGUUCUUGAAGAAAUACCAGAAGACAUUUUAUCUUCAAAAGACAAAUUUUCUAUCACAUCAUCGACUAACUAUGAUAUUGAUCCUGUGAUCGAACCUUUGCAGAAUCAAUCACAGGAUAAUAAUUUAAUAGAAGAAUCAACUGCAUGCAAAGAUAUAUAAUUGAUUGCCAAUAAAAAAUGAACUAUUUAAAAUAAAAA